UCCGCGGAUACGAAACCAGAGUUAUGGUCGGUUACAGAGUCUUUGUCAUUGAGCGGGCACACUCUCUGAAAGGCUAUGGAUGCGUGCAUAACGAUGCACAAACAUUAAUUAUAAUCUGCGUGUUCGUGCGAACAACAGCUGUUAGAAGAAUCCCACCUCAUUUUCCAAAUGCAGCAGCAGUGCAAGGGCAGUUAGAGUUUGAGAGGAAACGGUGAAAACGAAGGCCAGAUUGUGGAAAGAGGUGCAUAUGAAAACCCCCAUAGUCCUAAAUUCUCGCUGGCCAGCGGAGACUGUAAUGUUCGUGUAUGACAACAACCUAGAAGACCUCAACAAGAACAUGGAGGGUCUAAUGGGCAGCGGAAACUUUGCGGCGGCCACUGCGGCGAGCCAGUGUCGCAACAUCAUGGCCCAUUCUGCUGCCGCUUUCGGAGGACACGCCUCUAGCCUGGGGCACUCCUCAGCUGGUUACUCUACAGUGGACGUUUCCACGUCGAGUUCAAGUGAGACUACUGCAUCUUCAGGAAAACAAUGCGGGGCCGGACCCUGCCCCUCAGCUGCCGUGCCGCACCAAAGCUCAUCAGCUGCAACGGCGUUACCAUACAGCUACUUUGGCAACAGUUACUAUCCCUGCAGGAUGGGGCGAAGUUCUAUUAAAUCAUGCACCCAGGCGACUGGAACCGCGCUCAGCUCGCAGUAUAUGGACACUACAAUGAGCUCUGAUGAGUACCCGAACCGGGCCAAGGAGUUCACUUUUUACCACGGCUAUACCAACCCUUACCAGUCCAUGGCCAGCUAUCUGGACGUGUCGGUUGUCCAAACCCUCGGCAGUGGGGAGCCACGACAUGAAACCCUGCUCCCCAUGGACAGCUACCAGCCAUGGGCUCUGACCAACGGUUGGGGAGGACAGGUGUACUGCUCCAAGGACCAGGCGCAGGCUGGACACCUCUGGAAGACCGCUCUUGCUGAUGUGGUAGCGCACCAGCACGACGGCUCGCCUUUCCGCCGAGGCAGAAAGAAGCGGAUACCAUACACUAAGGUCCAGCUCAAAGAGCUGGAAAAAGAAUAUGCAGCCAACAAGUUUAUCACGAAGGACAAGAGGAGGAAGAUCUCAGCUGUAACCAACCUGUCUGAGCGCCAGAUAACCAUCUGGUUCCAGAACAGGCGAGUGAAGGAGAAGAAAUUCGUGGCCAAAGUGAAAAGCAGCGUGCAGUAGCACACAGGUUUCUGUUCUUCGGACUUUAUUGAGAACUUCAGUGUGUAUCCUGUUAAAUAAUCAAGCGAAAUGUGAUGAACCUAAAAUAAACAAAAACAACGCAAAAAGGACAGAAUAUUUACCUACCAAAUGGGGACUGUGAGGGUUCCGUGUCCACAAAAUGAAAAAUCUGACAAAAGACAAUAAACAAACCCUUUGAUGAACUUUCUCAGAGGUACUUUGUAAAUAGUUUUUUUUUUUUGCCUGCUUUUAUGUAACUCCUUGUCAAUGGAUGUCCUUCUCAGCUGUUUGAGUUGUCAGUGCCCAGAUAUAACUGUGUAUGACAUGUAGUAGUAUGCCUGGCACAUUGUUUAUAUUAUCAAAACAUACUUUAUCACCUAAUAAAUUCCUGUAAUCCCAA